AUGACACUUGAUAAAAAUGACAAUAGCAUUUCCAAUGUCACUGAUUCCGCUGUCAUCGUAGCGCCUUAUUUAGCUGCUGUAGCGACAUUGUGCAAGACAAAACAUGAAUUAGAGUCUUGUCUACUUUCUACAAUCUGUAAAUGUGUACCAAGUUGGCAUCAUAUUGAGCCGGAAGUCGUGGAAAUCCAACAUCUUGGGGGUGCAAUGACAAAUUUAAUAUUUGCUCUACAUAAAUCUUCUGGGAAAGAUUGUCAUGUACUUGUACGUGUGUAUGGUGAAGGAACGGAUGUUUUCUUUUCACGUAAAGAAGAGACACGUAUGUUUCAAUUAUUAAGUGAGAAACACAUUGGCAUUCAAUUACUUGGUCAAUUUGCGAAUGGGCGUGUUGAGACUUUGAUUCCUGGGAUUACCUAUACAAAUGAACGUAUGCGACAAGUGGAUGAAUCCCGUCUGAUUGCGAAACAAGUACGAGUGUUUCAUGACUUGAAUCUUGAGAUUGAUCGGCAUCCAACGUAUCUCACAAGUAUACGUAAACUUGUUGAUACCGUGGGUCGAAAAUGUCUUGAUUCAAAAUUUCAACAAUUUGUGAAUUAUCAUCAAUUGAAACAAGAUGUGGAGGAAUUAGAAAUAUUUCUAAACCAAGUCCCAUCUCGUCUUGUAUUAAGUCAUAAUGAUUUACAAUAUGGAAAUAUCAUGAAAAAUGAACAAGGACAAGCUGUAUUGAUUGAUUUUGAGUAUACAAGUUAUAAUCCACGUGGAUAUGAUGUUGGAAACCAUUUUUGUGAAUGGGCAUAUGAUUACCAUAAGACUAUUAAUCCACAUAUCGGGGAUUUUACAAAGUAUCCAACUAAAGAAGAACAGCGCAAUUUCUGUCGUGCGUACUUGGCUGGAAAAGAUGGACAUGACCAGGAUGUUAGUGACGAUGAUAUUGAAACACUGCGAUUGGAAGCUAAUACGUAUUCAUUAGCAUCUCAUUUAUUCUGGGCACUUUGGGGUUACAUUCAAGCUUCUCAAUCAAAGAUUGAUUUUGACUUUUUAGCCUACGGAAAAUGCCGUUAUGAUGCAUUCAAGUCUCGUGUGACACUGAACAAGUGA